CAGUAGAAAACGACCGAUCGCAAGUAUGCAUCCUGGAGCAAGAUUCCAAAACCGUGGCUUCCAUUGUCUAGUCAGCGGUUGCUACAAAGUCCACAAAAAUGGGGCCCUUCCUCCCAAGCCGACUUCGAUCGAACACUGUUGUUUGAUGACCGAGGGAAAUUCCUGGGACAUCUUAGUCAAUUGCCGACCAAACAAUAAUCAAUGCAAGAGGGAAAAAAACUGGAAAAAUGUCAUGGAGGUCUACCCCGAUGCCAAGGUAGAGAGAAAACACAACAAUAUAGAGUUGACGUUGCCUGUCUUAACGGAAAAUCUUGAGGUUGCUGCUUUUGGAGUUCCCAAAAAGAGUGACCAGAAACGAAUGCAAAUGGCGAUCUUUGGAAAAGAUCCGACUCAGGGCUGCAACUGGAAGAUUCGGGUUUACUUGAUUGAUGAUUCAAAAAAGGCAUUCGAGGUUGUUUGCGAGAAAGAAGCAGAAAAAGGAAACAGACUGCUGACAACUCUUUCAGGCCUAUUUGUGUCCAACAGCAAGGAAAACAUCAGAAUUGAGUUUACUGAUCUAGAUCCAGGAUGGCAAAUAAAAGGUGAAAACGUGAAGAUAAUAUAUAUAAAAGAUGCGUGGAAUUCGCCUGAAAACUCAGCAAAUUUCCCUCUCUGUGUUUUUGAAGUAAGUCACGUUGAUCGAACCAAGCAGCAGUUCUUUUGCCGAAUAAUAGUUUCACAUGACGAUGACAGCGCUAAUACCGAGAUGGUGGCUUUUUUCGAGCAGAAAAGAGGCGUAGGGAUUAAACCGCCAAGGAAACGUAAGAAUGCUCCGAUGAAGCCUCCACACGCUGAAACACAUUUUUCGCUGCUUGGGCCCCGCACUAAAUCGAGGCUCCAAAGGUGAAUGGAUCCAGUGCCACUGACUGAUUUCCUAAAAGAACUUGGAGAGUUUAUUGACAUCAAACUCUUUUAGACAAAGCUGCUUGAUACUAAGUGCAUUAAGUUUUCGUAGGUCUCGCGCCGUUGUUGACUCUUUUGACUUUAAACUAGAAACUAUUGAGGUUUUAACUCGAGCUUUCUUGGGGAUUUGCAACGAAUGCACGAUUUUACAUGCCAGACCAUUGUAACUAGUGUGAGUAGCUGGUGGUUUUGUUGGGGAGCACUCAAUCAAGUGGCAAGGCCUUACAGGGAAUGGAAAACAAAAAACAAACAAACAAAGAGGAAAAGGUCUGCUGCGCAGGUGAAACAAAUACAACACCUUGCGCAGCAAAACUACCAUUUACGACCGCCUUCACAAUAAUAAAGACUGAAUUAGUGAUUAUUUCAGUAAUAUCAAAACAACUUUGGUGAGGGUAUGAAGGACAUGGAGAUGAUAAAGAAAUUUUAGUUCUAAUACUGUCAGGUUAGUUCCCCGAGACACUUUUCUCACUUGUAGAAUUUGGGGCCAUCUGCUAUGGAAUUAAGCACGAGUUUUCAGGUUUUACACUCACUUUGCAGGCUUAUUUCGUAUUCUAGAUAAUUAAAAUACCUUGAAAAGUAUACAUCUUCCCCCUUUCUAAAGUUCUAACAAUAACUAUAACGAUGGUAGUACACAUUGAUAUCCGGUUUUUAGACACUUGUGUCCGAUUCGAGAUGCUUAUGUUCGAUUUUAGACACCAGAGUCCGAUUUAAGACAACAGCACCGAUUUAAGACUUUAAUUUCUGAUUUCAGACACCACUGCCGAUUUUAGACACUAGUUCGCUUUUCAGAGAGUAGUUUCCGUCUUUAUUUCCUGAUAUAUGAAUAGCUAACUCUUGAAACUUCUGCAUUUAUUUUUUCUCCAGUGGCUUUUCUUUUAAUUGUAACUCAGUUAAUAACACAAAAUUACAUUUUAAUAUCCACACAGAUGCCCCACCACCGUUUCUUUAAACGCCCCCCCCCCCCUCUUCCCCCUUUACUAUCUCUGAACUUUAUUGCUAUCCAAAGCUUUAAAACUCCUCUCACCUUGGAGAUGAAGGAGUUUUCAGUAAUAUCCAAGCUUCCAAAGGAAAGGAAAACGUAUCCACUUAUCAGUUUUAAGUUUUGUUUAUUACUAAAAAGAGAAAGUUAUUAAGUACGUUCUAUCUCACGUAUAAAAGUUUUAGCAAGUACAAAACUAGUACACGUAUCUUUAAAGUGUUGCUAAAUCUAAAAAUAGAUAAAAAAAAUUUCUUUUUCAAUAUGGAAAACGCUAAUUGGAUUCAGGUGUGAUUCAACGCCGUCUCAUUUUGGGACAGUACAACAUAGCGAGAACCAAUCAGGAAGAUUGAAUUAAGUCUUCAGUACAGACAUUAAUCAAAGACAUUUAACUAAGAGUAGGAAGGUAAAUAAAAACCUUGCAAAAAAACCCUAAUAGUAAUCAGGGAAAAAAAGGCUAAGGGCUUAUUUUCAGUAAGCACUACUCGUUAGGUUUCAUAAGAUACCAGGGAUGUUUGUUCUCGUUUUUGUUUUUUUAACUUCUUUUUUUCUUCUUAUCCCAGUUUGCUUUAAACGCCCCAUUGCAUAGAUGAAUACACUAAAAUAUAUAUUCGUAAGAGGUAUGAUGUCUAUUAAGGAUACUAUGCUGUUUGCAUCUACUUAUUAAUAGGGCAAAACAGCACUUGUCAUUGUAAGGACUUGCUGAAAAAUUAACAUUAAACAAGUGAUUAUAUUCAUA